AUUAACAAGUGAGGUAUUUACUUUGAAAGUGUUUUUUGAGUAGUGAUUUUUACGUGUUUAAUGGAAAACGUGAUUAAUUCAGUAAUCUUUGCGUAGUGUAUUAACAAAAUAUUUAUGUAAUUAACGCAAAAUUUAUAAUGUGGAAGUUGCUACUAUUAUUAAUAUAUGCCAUCAUCCCAACACAAGCGAAGCGAUUGUCUUGCUAUGCGUGCAUAAACUUAGUGUGUUACAGUCCACACGACAGAAUAUUCAUAGAUCAAAAGCUAUCUGGACAGCUAGCAGUAGACAGAAACGCGAACAUAAUAUAUUACCACUAUCAAGACAACGGUAAAGAUUUCACCAAAGCCUUCGACUUGACUAAAGCCACCUCGACUGUCAUCCCAUUAAACUUUACAUUUGCACACGCAGUCGACCAAUCUACUGGAGAUCUGUAUCUAUCUGGAGAAAAAGGCAUAUAUAAAUACAAUCCGAAAGACAAUAACACAGAACUAUACGCACUGAAAGAUAGAACAAUAUGGCACAUGCAGUUUGAAGAUAAACUUUAUUACACCGAAUUCAAGCACAAAGGCCUUUUUAGUAUUAAUAAUAAGAAAACAAAAGAAAUAACACAAUUAAGCGACUAUCAAAUAGACGAUUUCAUAAUUGACAAACAUGAUGACAUAUAUUUUAUGAGGAGAUCAGCACUUUACGUAUUUAGAAAUGGAACUAAGAAACCGGAGCUUUUCCAAGAUGAAAUAUAUUUUUUGACUACAGACAAAAAUGGAGAGGCCUAUUUUAUACAACCGUAUACCAGAGGCAUUUAUAAAAUUAACUAUAGGACGAAUAGAAUGAUUGAAGUUGGCGCUUUUAAAAGAGGUUUGGCGUUCAAAGUUGUGUUUGACAGCGACAACCAUAUAGUAUUCUAUGAAUCUACUAAUAAAAUACUAUAUUUUUUGUCUCCUGUACUAAGUAAAUGUACUGUAACUACUAGAGGUGUUGGCAGGUAUCUUAGAAAAGUUGUUGUAAGUCGAUCAACUAGAAAUAAUGGAAAAAAUCGUCGUACACACAAAUCUAAUUCGUUAUGAUUAGCAAUAGAAGUAGGUGUAGGUGCUUAUUAAUAUCAAUGUGUAACUUUACUAAAUAUUUUCGAUAAAUAACUCUUUUUCUAUCUUCGAGAAUUCGUAUGUAAAGUAACAUCUAAAAAAAUUGGAACUACCCAAUUCCAACACCUGGAAUUUCAAUUACAGUUUUAUAGCAACAAAUACGCUUCGCUGCGCCAAUAUAUGCCGGCCCUAAUACUUUAAUUCUCCUUUAAUAAUUUAAAAUAUUAUUAAAAAAAAAUUAAUAAAAAAAAUUCAACCGACUUCCAACUCAAAAAUUAACCUAAACUAAAAAGCAAAAAAUAACAUCUUACCUAUG